CGAUCACAUAUGACUUUGAAGUGUGAAAAGUUGUGACUUUCCGAAUAAUUCGCAAUAAAAUUUUUCUUUCCAGUGAAUAUUAAAUUUCACAUAGAAUAUACGGCUGCAAGUCAUGUAUUAACAAUUUGUAUCACAUUAGUUGCAGAAUAUAAAAUUACAAGUGUAAUAAAAACACUCAGAGUUAUCGCUUCCUGGAAAUAGAAUUUUCAUUCGAGUAAAAUGGAUAACUUUCCGUCGUACCAGAAUGGAAAUCAAGGGAAACAACAAGAUUUUCAGAAACUGACUCUGACUGUUGAAACUAGCAUCCAAAAAAUAUCCCAAAAUGUUUCGUCUAUGCAACGUAUGGUGAAACAAAUUGGAACUCAUCAGGACUCCCCAGAACUAAGAAAACAAUUACAUUCUCUUCAACAUUAUACUCAGAAGCUAGUGAAAGACACCAAUGGCUAUAUUAAAGAACUCAACACAUAUUCAUUAUCUUCACCUUCUGAGCAAAGGCAGAUUAAAAUGCAAAGAGAAAGACUUCAUGAUGAAUUUGCUGCCACCUUGAAUCGUUUUCAGAUAGUACAGAGAAGUACUGCACAGAAGGAAAAAGAGCAAAUCAAUAAAGUUAAAGAGCAGAACUUUGGGGAACCUUAUCUAGAAUCCAAUCGAAAACAACCACUUAUUGAACUCCAAGAUAGCAACUAUUCCAAACAGAUGCAGAUCCAAGAAAAUGCCGAUCUGAGAGCAUUAGAAGAGAGAGAACAAUCAAUCAGAGAACUUGAGAACGAUAUCAGAGACGUGAAUGAUAUUUUCAAAGAAUUGGGAGUUCUAGUCCACGAACAAGGUGAAAUAAUUGAUAGUAUUGAAGCUAACGUAGAAAAAACGGAAAGCUUUGUUCACCAAGGGGCCACGCAAUUGAGAGAAGCCAGCAACUAUAAGAAUAAGAUAAGAAGGAAAAAAGUUAUCCUAGCAGUUAUUGCUGCCGUGGUAUUAACUGUGAUUAUCCUAAUAAUUUAUUAUGGCAGCCAUUAAAUCCUCAAGCUGGGAAACUUGUCGAAAAUGUGGUAAAACCCUAAAAUCUAUCACAAUGUAAUUUCUGGAUAUCUUGUAAAACCCCAUUUUGUUCACUAAAUGGCUCUUUGUCGUAUGGUCUGAAGUUGUUGAAAAUUGUUGCAGAAAUAUUUAUAUGUAAAUGUAUUUAUGCUAUAUAAAAAUCAUUAUAUCAUUGAAGUGGAUAAUAUCAGUAUACCCGAACAUUUUCAGUAAAGUCGGAGGUAAUUUAGUUGCACUAUUCAAAAUUUUAGCUCGUUUCUUUUAUUCAAACUCUAUUAACCAUUCCAAGGUAUUAUUUGAAAUAACCAGUUAUUUUAGUAUUUUCUUAUCUUAUUCUGAAAAUAUAGCUUUAAGUAAGUUCACUUUUAUGAUAAGUUUUAUAUUAUUUAGACUUGAGUAGUGAGAUUAUUUUAACCAAAUUUCUUGUACAUUUUUCUGUAUCUAGCUAUUUCUAUGUAUAUAUAAUACGUUAUUCAAAA